GUCUUUUUGUUAAAAAAAAGUCUUCCUUUUUUCUUGCCUCCUCCUCCUUUACUCUCUCUACCCUCGCCUUUGCAAUCAAUGCAUCUGCAUCAACCCCACCUCUGCUUAAUACUGUUUCUCCCUCUAUUUCGUUCUCUGUGUCUUCCUGCUACGCUUUUCUCAUCUGCCCUUUCUACUAACAAAGGUAAUGCAGCCCUGUUCCCAACGCUUACCGCUUCCUCGAUUUGUCUACUUUUGAAUCUUCAACGUCACAAGUGUCUGUAAUCUCAAAUUAACAAGCUUCUUUUUCCUAGAAUCUUUGUGGAGUGAACGAGGAAAGAUGCAAAGAGAAUCAGAAUUUGUAACAAAAUAAAUGCUUUGGUUGAUGGGGUUUCAUUGUUUUAUAAUAUGCGAUCUCAUCCAGCUGGUUUCAUCAUCCAUUCACAUAGCUUCCGGCGGAUUAUGCAUUUGACUAAGGACGAAAGGCCACAGUUUUCUACAAUGGGGUGUAAAGUGGUUAUACUUUGACUUGAGGGAAUAUCUGGUUUCUUAGUCAGUUCGUUGACUAUCUUCGCAAUCUUGAGGCCUCAUGUGGGAUCUAUACUGGUAAUUAUAAAGAAAGGCGCUUGUCCUCCCUGCCGUCAGAUGCCUUUGGGGAGCUGAAGAGAUGGGGUGUUGUGUCUCAACAAGCAGUAGGAGUACAUGUAGUAGCGGAAGCAAUGGAAACACGGUUUUGCGAUCUUGUUUUGAAAUUGGGUUCAAUGGGCAGAAGAGAACACGGAGAACAUUCUGUGAUAAUGUUAUUUCCCUGAAACAUUUACAUUCUGUCCCAAACAGAAUUUUUAUGAAUGGAAAGAGCCGCACUUCUUGCAUAUUUACGCAGCAGGGGCGGAAGGGCAUCAACCAGGAUGCCAUGAUCGUUUGGGAAGAUUUCAUGUCAGAAGAUGUGAUUUUUUGUGGUGUCUUUGAUGGCCAUGGUCCUCACGGUCAUCUUGUUGCACGCAAGGUGAGGGAUGCCCUGCCAAUAAAACUACUCUCAUUUUUGCAUUCGUGUGAAUCAAAGCAAACUGGACCAGGUAAGGCCUGCUUCAAAGGGAACUUAAAGCCUGAUGGGGAAGACUCUGAGAAGGAUUGUUCUGCUGAAGACAAACUGAAUUCCUUAUGGCAAGAGGCCUUCUUGAAGGCAUACAAGGCUAUGGACAAAGACCUGAAGUCUCAUCCAAAUUUGGACUGUUUCUGUAGUGGGAGCACUGCUGUCACUUUAGUGAAGCAAGGCUCAAAUCUGUUCGUGGCCAAUAUUGGGGAUUCUCGAGCAAUUAUGGGAUCCAAGGAUAGCAACGGUUCCACGAUAGCAAUUCAGCUGACUGUUGAUUUGAAGCCUGAUUUGCCAAAGGAAGCAGAAAGGAUCAAACGGUGUAAGGGUAGGGUAUUUGCUUUGCAGGAUGAGCCAGAAGUGUGUAGGGUGUGGUUGCCUUUUGAUGAUGCACCUGGACUAGCUAUGGCUCGAGCAUUUGGAGACUUCUGCUUGAAGGAGUACGGGGUGAUAUCUAUUCCUGAAUUUUCUCACCGUCUUCUUACAGACAAAGAUCAGUUCAUUGUUAUUGCCUCAGAUGGGGUUUGGGACGUGUUAAGCAAUAAAGAAGUGGUUGAGAUUGUAUGUUCAGCGCCAUCACGGUCAUCAGCAGCACGGAUUGUGGUGGAUUCUGCAGCUCGAGAGUGGAAACUGAAGUAUCCAACUUCAAAGAUGGAUGAUUGUGCUGUGGUGUGCCUAUUUUUGGACGGGAAAAUGGAUGCAGAAUCUGACUAUGAUGAUCAAGGCUUCUCUUCUGCCACCGUCCUGAGCAACCAUUCGGGAAAUCCGAUUGAAUCAGACGAUGGGCAAAAGUCGGAGCCUUCUUUGCAGAGAAACUUCACGGUGAGGUCCUCAGACGAAAAAGAGACAUACAGCGGCCUAACAGCUGAUGUGGAAGGCGAACCACCCUCAGCUCAAGAUCAGAACUGGUUAGGCUUGGAAGGUGUGACCCGGGUGAACUCGUUGGUUCAACUUCCUAGAUUUUCUGAGGAAAGACCAAACCCUUGAAUUUAACUUUGUUUAUGGAGUACUCUUUGAUGUAAUAGUUGGAGGCAGUGCUUCACAGUAAAUUCAACGGCUUGCUUUGAUGAACCUUUCAGCAAGCUAUACUAGUACUCAACAAAUGAAAGACAGUGAGGUCCAGAGCAGUUAUCAAAUGACACUGCGACGGAUAAAAGUACGUAGUAAGGUAUUUGAUUGCGCGUGUUCAUUGCACAGACUAGCGAGUAAUCGAACUACACAAUGCCCAUUGUAAAGUGGGAUUGAACAGACUCCUUCCCUAUAGAAAGUAGGGAAGUCACUUCUGCCCCAGAAUUCCCUGGGUUACAUCAUUAAAGUGAUAUUGGGCUGGCCUAUGGCAUUAUGAUUUA